CUCCGCCCCGGGGGGACCCUCGAGAUCCUCAUCAGCGCCCGCCAGAGCGGCUACCAGGUGGCAGUGAACGGGCGGCACGCGCUGGAGUUCCUGCACCGCCUGCCCCUCACCAGCGUCCAGACCCUCGAGGUCACCGGUGACGUCACCCUCAGCUGCGUCACCUUCACCCACGCGGCUGCAGCUGUCGGGGCCCCGGCGCUGCCCCCCCCGGAGACCCCCCUCUACACGCCGGUGACCAUCAGCAGCCCGAGUGUCCCCUUCCACAUGGUGCUGAGCAAGGGGCCCUCGGGCCUCAUCCAGCCCAUCAGCAUCGUGGGCACCGUCCACCCCAACGCCACCAGGUUCCAUGCCAACCUGUGGAGCAGCAGCUCGGGGGACGUGGUGCUGCAUGUCAACCCCCGCCUGCGCGAGGCCGUGCUGGUGCGCAACACCCGGCAGGAUGGGUGCUGGGGCCCCGAGGAGCGGCACACCGCGGGUGCCAUGCCCUUCCAGCGCGGGCAGCCCUUCCAGCUGGAGAUUCGGCCGCUGAGCCAGGCCUUCGGCCUGUGGGUGAACGGGCGCCACGUCUGCGACUACGGCUACCGGCUGCCACCCACGGCCAUCGACCAGCUGGAGGUGGCCGGGGACGUCACCCUCGCCUGCAUCAAGUGCUGAGCCACCCCCGGGGGACACCCACGACGGCCACCGGCCACCCAACCACGGCCACCGGGCUCGGGGCCCGGGGUGGGGAUGGGGACCAGGACAUGGUGGCUCUGGGCACAAGGAUGUCUCUGGUCACGGGCCACCCCAGGCUCGUGUCCCCCCCCCCGUCCCCAGGAGGUGCCACCACCAGCCUGCGGGACCCCCUGGAGCCCCCAUUAAACCAGUCACCAGCA